GCUAGGUUUGCCAAACUGAAGAGCCUAAGGGCCCUUUAGAAGAAAUCUAUAGAAACAAAAUUUGUUUUUUUAUAGAUUUCUUUACCAACUUCCUUUUUCUCUUUUUCUUCUUCCAAAAAAUUAGUAGUAAAAAAAAUCUCACUGCCAUCAAUGGCGACAUCUUCUAGAAGAUCAAGCGGACCGGUUUUGCCGAUUAGAUCGGCCUUCCAGAGGUCUAUCUCACCGACCGGCCGGUUCUGCAACUCAACGACGGCGACUGAUACGUCAUCGUUUUCGUCAUUUGCUUCUUCGACGAGUUCUAGCUUUUACUCGUCUAGUUCCACAGGUUUUUUCCAUCGAUCGGCGUCUCCGACGCGCGUGAACCUUUAUGGUUUUGCUCCACUGGCUCCUACGCCUUCUGUUAAGUUCUCGAUCGACAGAUCUAUAUCUCCUCAUCGUUCGAUGGCGGUUUCUUCCCGAGAUCAAGUGGUUCGUAAGCAGAACAAUAAUCCGCUGACAAAACUUCCAAAAAGGACGUGUAUGUGCUCUCCUACAACGCAUCCUGGCUCGUUCCGGUGUAGUUUGCACAAGAAUAUGAAUACUGCUCCGUCGAUGUAUUCGCCUAGCCGAUUGAAUGCUCGGCGAUCGGCGAUGACGAACUCGCUGGUUCGUAUUGGUACUGUUGAAGGAGAUCUAGUGAAGCGUGCUUUAGCAGCUCUUAUACGGCCUUCGUCGCAUCAUCAGAGGCGUAGAGCCGAUUUCCAACCUCGUCCCAGCCGGCUUUCCAGGAUGUCCAAAGCUGAGGAUCUGUGAUGUUGUGUUAAGGUUACAGGUUUGAUAUUUUAAUAUAGGUAUUUGAAGCUAUUCAGUUGAGAGUUUCCGGCGAUGGCGUCAGAUCCCGGCUGCGGUUUUUAUAGUACUCCGGCGAAUCGAAGGCCCUGGAAGUUUUGAUACUCCGGCGAAGUUGAAAAAACAACAAAAAUUCUCCCUUGUACAUAUGAUUUGCAGCAACUGAUUGCAAUCGAAGGACUUUUUGGACUUUUUUUUUCCAACAUCCAUUUAAACAAAACACUAACUAAAACAAACGAACUAUUGAUUAAAAUCUUGAGUUAAAAAUGAAUUUGAUGUGUUUUGAGCAAUUUGUGUACGAAUUGUUGUGUAAUGGAGAGUUGCGUGACUCGUUUGGUUUUGUCUACGUUCGCAGCUUUUGUUUAUCCCGUCGUGCUUGCCGUUCACCGUGCCGUUAUGCUUGCCGUUUCCCGUCCGUUAGCCGUGAAUUGCGUUCGUCGUCAUCUUUGCGUUGUGUUUCUUCCGAGGUUUGGCGUGAUUGAUUCAAGUCGUGGAGUUGAAGUUUGAUUAUGGACUUGGACUUGGUAUUUAUUUAUACCUUCCAUUAAAGUUGCACUAUUUCCUUUACGUUGUUUUCGGAGCGAGGGACGGUGUUUGCUGAACUUUGAAGGACCUUGAAAUGGACUAUUUUUCAAAUGGACAAUAAAAAAGAUCUUAAGAUAAAUACGAUAAUGGGAAUAGAAUAUUACAGAAAUUAAGUAGGGAAUACGAAGUUUUAUGAAAGCAAACACUAGAAGAUGGGAGACAGGCUGGCUAUGCAUUGGAGUGUGCGGCCCAUAUUGGACACAACUGGUUCUUACAAUGCACUUUUCUGAAACUGGUGUGAGGAAUUAAUGGGAAAGGGAAAAUGAUUGAGCGACCACAAAAAGAAAUGAUUGAGCGGGAGGUGGAAAAGUUUUAGAAGAACCAGAAGAUUCUGAAAAUUUACACAAAAAAUUAUCUUGCAAUUUUUUUUGCUUUUAUAGUCUACACUCUGUACAGAAAUUGAUACCCCCUUUUACACAAAGGUUCAGUAAGUAGA